AUGCGUUACUCUAUCAUCCUCGCUACCCUCUCAGCCUUUGCCAUGAGCACUUCUGCUGCAGUUUCUGCCUCUGAAGCCGCUACCACCACUUUUGUAAGCUCCAACCCUGCUGAGCAAUAUCUGACACAAACCAACUCCAACGGCGUCGUUACUGGUCAGCCUUCAGUGGUCACAUCGCAAGAGGCUGCAGCGACUUCGCAAGAGGCUGCUGCGUCCAUCCCUGCCGGUCUCUCAUCGGCUGUUGUCACUCCCGCCACCAAUACUCAAAGCACUAAGAUCACUACUAAGGCGAAGACCGCUACGGACACUGAGAUUACCACUACUGGGACAGAUGCUACUGCUACUGCUACCGCUACCGCUACAGGUACUGAUUCCACCGGAACUGCCUCUAGUGACUCUUCCACCUCCACCUCCACGGGUGUUGCAGCAGGCAUGGCAACUGCCGCCCCGUUGCUUGCCGCUGGUGCUGCAAUCAUUGCUUUCCUGUAA